GUCCAAUUGGCCAAGCCGUUCGGUAACGGAGCAUUUUUGACGAGGAUCGACAUUCCGCGGAACUCCAAAGAGGAUUUAAUUUUGAACAGAUUUUGAGCAUCUUGGGACACAACAUGAUCGCAGCGCUCGGGCUGAUCUUCGGCAUUCUAACGGCCUUGGUGGUCGUGGCACUUAAGCUACUGGGCCUGAAGCCGCCACUAAUCUUCGGCAAGUACCCACUGAAAGGCAUCUUUUACCGGGUGAAGUUCUGGAUCGCCCUGCUUGUCCUUCGCCGCCUGAGGUACCGCAUCUACCGUCGGAACGAGGAGCUGCUCGGCUCCGAGGAGCACCUGGCCAAGGUCGACAGGCCGCAGCAGCUCAGCAACGACCCGAAGAGCUAUGACGUGGUCAGCUUCAUGGCGGCCAACAAGGAGGGCCAGAAACUAAUGGUCACCUUGGAGCGAAGGAGGCGCGGAGUCCUCAAGGCGGCACUGUACCUGUGGCUUCCCGAAAGCGGCCUGUUCAGUUCGCCGAAUCUGCCCGAUAUGGUAUACUUCACCACCGCGGAUGGAGCGGAGAGCAACGCGUUCCAGGGUGGAGGCUUCCACGUCUACCAGGAGGCAUCUAUGCGUGUGUGGCGGCUCAAGUACUCCGGACUGCUGAAAACUCAAGGGCCGGACGUGCAGGACGUAGCCGUGGACUUGGACCUCCGUUUCGAAAGCUCCUCCGCUGAGCACUUCGACUACAACAGAGAUCUGAGCAGCGCCCUGAUAGCCGACUCCAUAGCCAGAGAGGCCUGGAACGAAAAGUUCUACAGCCUGCUGCGCAGCGUCAACCACAUCGUAGAGAAGCGCACCCACUACGAACAGAACGGAGAACUGGCCGGCCAGGUCACGCUCGAUGGCAAGGAGCUGGCGCUGAAAAUGGUGGGCUUCCGGGACCACAGCUUCGGCACCGAGCGCUGCCUAAGCUCCAUCAACCGGUACGUGUACUUUGCCCUCUUUAUGGACGAUGGCAGCAGCAUGGUGGUGGGCAGCCUCAGUCAGCCGUCCUUCUUCCUGUCCUCCCUGAAGGUGGGCUACGUGUGCAGCCCCGAGCGGCAGUAUCAGCCGCUGACCGGGAGCAACUUCGAGCUGUACUCGUACGGCGAAAAGGGAACGCCGCCGCAGCACCAGAAUUUCAUUGUGCGCACCGAGGAGCGGGAGUACCUCGUGCAAAUCCAGGUGGAGGCCUCCGCGCUGCGCUACGUCGGCGGCGACUGGGAGUCUAAGGUGUUCAACCAGUUUGUGGCCUGCACGGUCAACGGAGUUCCCGGCCAGGGCCACGCCGAGUUCCUGUACCGCCACAAGGGCGGCAGGCCGGAGGAUAUAUCGUCCGGGGACCCCGGCUGGUACCAGGACAUCAAGCGCUUCGAGAGAAGCCUCUCGUUGCUGGAAGAGGAGGGCCAGGACGAAGACUUCAUCUUCUAGGACGCCGACGAAUUGUUUUUGUUUUCAGUUUAAGAUAGCAUGUAAAAGUAUGGGGGAGACCCAUCCUAUCAAAAUAAAGAGAUUUUGUUUGAAUGAC